AUGCCUAAAGCGGCUAAGAAAAAGUUCUCUUCGGCUCCUGACCCUACUGGAAAGACGAUGGCUGCAGACAAGGCCAUGAACUCCGUGUUCAAGUUCAACACGAACCUUGGCCAGCAUAUCCUUAAGAACCCACUUGUUGCCCAGGGCAUCGUUGAUAAAGCCCAGAUUAAACCUAGUGAUAUUGUGUUGGAAGUUGGUCCUGGUACUGGUAACUUGACGGUGAGGAUCUUGGAGAAGGCACGUAAGGUUAUUGCUUCGGAAAUGGAUCCUAGAAUGGCGGCUGAACUUACCAAGAGAGUGGCUGGUACUCCUAACCAGAAGAAGCUAGAAAUCAUCUUGGGUGACUUUAUCAAGGCGGAACUUCCGUACUUCGACGUUUGCAUUUCGAACACGCCGUACCAGAUUUCGUCCCCCUUGGUGUUUAAGCUUCUUAACCAGCCUAACCCUCCUAGGGUAUCUAUUCUUAUGUUCCAGCGUGAAUUCGCUUUACGUCUUUUAGCUCGUCCUGGCGACGCUUUGUACUGUCGUCUUUCGGCAAACGUGCAAAUGUGGGCUAACGUGACACAUAUCAUGAAGGUUGGUAAGAAUAACUUUAGACCUCCUCCUCAGGUUGAGUCUUCUGUGGUGAGAAUUGAGAUUAAGCAGCCUAGACCAAAUAUCGACUUUAACGAAUGGGACGGUUUGCUCCGAAUUGUGUUCGUGAGAAAGAAUAAAACCAUUGCUGCUGGUUUCAAGUCCAGUAACGUCAUUGAGAUCUUGGAGAAGAACUAUAAGACGCUUUUGGCGACCCAGAACGCUGACGACUCCAUGAUGAUUGACUCAAAGACCGACUUGACUGGUGUAGUCAAGGAAAAGAUCGAAACUGUUUUGAAAGAAACUGGUUUUGCCGAAAAGAGAGCAGCCAAGCUAGACCAGACCGACUUCCUUAAGCUCCUAUACGCUUUCCACCAGGUCGGUAUCCAUUUUGCAUAA